GCAUAUUUACACUGCUAUUUGAUUUGAUGAUGAUCUAUAAAGGAAAGGAAGAGUUCCUCUCGUUCUUAUUUUUCUAUUUCCCCAAUGAAAUGGACAGUCCAAAAUAAAAGCAACUUAUUGUCAAGGAAAGGCGAAGAAAUGAAACUCGUACUUGAGAGCAUAUGCCUAAUGCCUUGACGAAUAUUACGUGAAUAAAUUGCUUAAAGGAAGACUCCCACGAAUAUUACGUUAAAGAGUCCGGUAUUUAUUCCAUUGUUAAAAGAGUAGCGACGGUGCAACUUAUGAUUUACACUUAGUCAUCUCCCCUGUAAUAAUAAAACAGUAAUGAUCGUGAAACUUUGGGGUCGUUUGGAAGUUGCAAUUGUUAAAUAGAUAUAUUGUUGAGAAUGCAUGUAUAAUAUUAUACAUGUAUUGUCGAAUUUGAUGCAUUGUAGAAUACAACGUUUGGUAUGUGUGAUUGUGUAUGUCGCAUCAGCUAAAAGCUGAGACAAAACAAUCUCAACUCAACUAUCUCAACAAUCAUAACUAAAAGUUGAGAUACAACAAUCACUCAAAAUGAGUGAUAGUUUCUGUCACAUCAUAGAAACAAUCCAUGUAUUGUUUCUGCUUAAUAAACAAAAAAAUAAUGCAUUGUAAACAAUACAUGCAUAAUGAAAAUCUCAACAAAAUUACCGCAACUUCCAAACGACCCCUAUAUUUACCCUUGUUAUCAAUUUUCCUUCCACUGGGACUUGUUUGUGAAGACUUCAUAGUAUAGGGAUCUAAAAAGGUCUUAACCCUAAUUUAAUUCGGUUGGAAAAGCAAUAAUUAGCUUCCCAAAACCCCACAUUUGCCCGACUCUGAAACUGUGUCGAUUGACAACGACACUGCAGCGGCCUUUCUCCCUCACUCAUUUCGCCGGACGUCGGUUCCGUCACUCAUCACUCCGGCAGUCCAGGUUAGUAUGGUUAACCUAUGCCAUUUGAUUGGAAUCGGUUUAUUCAAUGUGGUCAAUUUUCGCCCGCAAAACGACCCAUGACCCAGUGACAGUGCCUAACCAUUGGCCCAACCGUGUCCGAUUUCUCACGCGGUUCGGUUCUUUUGCAACCUUCAUGCCUUCCCCUUUUUUUUUUUAAAGGAAAAGAAAGAAGAGCCGUCAGGUCGCCGGGACUAUAUAGAGUCGCCGUUUAGCUCCAUAGUUCACGGCGGGAGGCAAGAUUUCCCUUUGCUCCACACACACACAAAACCCUUCAUUCUUUAAUUGAUUACGACUAGUUUCCGCAUUUUCUAAUCGCAAAAUCUCGGAAUCGUCAUUUCCCUCUUCGUUCACCCUUCCCAAUCUCUCUUAUUGCUAAACGGGUAAAAAGGCAGGGGAAAAAAGAAAGCCUCCCCCUCAUUGCCCCUUUUCCUCUUUACAGCCCUUUCAAAAUCUGGUAAGCUAGCCCCAUUUUCUCUUUGCUUUCUUGGAUCGAAGGGUUUGCGUGUGUUGUGUGUUGGCUCUGUGGGGAAUGUCAAAGUUUGGAACUUUAUGGUCUGAUGCUGGUUUCCUGGACUUGUCACAGAUUUUAACCUGAGAGGGUUUCUGGGUCUGGUUCUAAGAGAUUGUUUGCGGGUAUUCGAUUGUUUGGAGGUACUAAGUAGAGAGGAAUGGGGUACAUAGGUUCCCAUGGAGUUGCAGCUCUUCAUAGAUACAAGUACAGUGGAGUUGAUCACUCCUAUCUUGCCAAAUAUGUCCUGCAGCCCUUCUGGUCACGAUGUGUUAACUUCUUUCCUCUCUGGAUGCCACCAAACAUGAUAACACUGACAGGAUUCUUGUUCUUGGUUACUUCGGCAUUGCUUGGUUAUAUAUAUUCACCCCAUUUGGAUACAGCUCCACCAAGAUGGGUUCAUUUCGCACAUGGAUUACUGCUGUUUUUGUAUCAGACAUUUGAUGCGGUUGAUGGAAAGCAAGCAAGAAGAACAAAUUCUUCCAGUCCAUUGGGCGAACUGUUUGACCAUGGAUGUGAUGCCCUUGCUUGUGCAUUUGAAGCCAUGGCUUUUGGUAGCACUGCAAUGUGUGGAAGAUACACGUUUUGGUUCUGGGUCAUCUCAGCUAUUCCAUUUUAUUGUGCAACAUGGGAACACUUUUUCACCAAUACCCUCAUUCUUCCGGCGGUUAAUGGGCCUACGGAGGGUCUGAUGCUAAUAUAUGUCGCUCAUUUUUAUACUGCUAUAGUUGGUGCUGAGUGGUGGAGUCAAGAUUUUGGAAAGUCUUUGCCCAUUGUAAGUUGGGUGCCAUUUGUUAGUGAAAUUCCAACUUUCAAGGCAGUGCUCUACUUAAUGGUAGCUUUUGCUGUGAUUCCAACACUUUCCUUCAAUGUGUUAAAUGUACACAAAGUUGUUCAGGCUAGAAAGAGCAGCAUGCCACUGGCAUUAGCAAUGCUUUACCCCUUCUUCGCGUUGAUGGGAGGAGUUCUAAUUUGGGAUUAUUUGUCUCCAUCCGAUAUAAUGGGAAAUUAUCCUCACCUAGUUGUUCUGGGAUCUGGGCUAGCAUUUGGAUUUCUUGUGGGGAGAAUGAUUCUUGCUCACUUGUGUGAUGAACCAAAGGGGCUGAAAACCAACAUGUGCAUGUCCCUGCUGUAUCUACCCUUAGCCGUUGCCAAUGCCCUCUCAGCAAAACUGAACGAUGGAGUUCCUUUGGUGGAUGAGUUGUGGGUUCUUCUCGGUUACUGUUCAUUCACAGCUGGUCUCUAUUUGCACUUUGCUACUUCAGUGAUUCAUGAAAUUACCACUGCCUUGGGGAUCAACUGCUUCAGGAUAACGAGAAAGGAAGCUUGAAAGAUCCAGUUUCGGACUUGGUAUGACCCUCUAACCCCCAACAUUUCGGGAGCACGCUCAAUGUGUUUCAGGAGUGGUUCAAAAUAGAUCGAGGAACUCGGGCAACAGAAUCAUAGCUUUUGAUGAUGCUGAUGUAUCAACUUGGGGGAGUCUGUGGAGGAAGGAAGCGAGAUAGCAACCAUGGGAAAUGGGUUUCAGCUUUCAGGAUUUAUCUGUUUGAUUUUAUGACACAUGUUUCUGUAAGGGGUUUAAAAUGCAUAACCGUUUUCCACAGUUUAGGGGAUGGGAUGUGGACAUGUGGUCCGUUGAAUCUUUGUAGUUGGGUGGUUUUAGGUUACUUUGUGAGGCAUAUGGAACUGAGAUCAUCUCAAACAGUGCUUAGUUUAUGAUAUUGAGAAAUAGUUAUGGUCACCUUUGGCAAGCAUGACCACAUCCUGUACGAUCUAUGAUAAAAAUUUUGCGAGGCU